AUGUUUAUUGGGGUCCAAAGAUUGUUUGUCCUGCUCGCAGUUUGUGGCUUUGGGAUACACAAAGGCUCUUGUGCGGACGGAAAUGAUGCAAAGAAUCUUAGAAAACAGCUAUUUGUAACUGAUGGUUACGACAAAAAGGUCAGACCUUCCAACAACCAAUCUGAUCCAAUAGAGGUAUACGUGAGUUUGUAUUUGCUGUCAAUCAAUGAAUUAAGUGAAACAACAGAGACAUUGAAGACAACAGCUUAUCUUUGGAUCACGUGGUAUGAUGAAUUUCUACAGUGGGAUCCAUCAGAUUACGGGGGAAUCGAUUAUUACCAUUGGCCGCAGGGAGAUGUAUGGAAACCGGAUGUAGCACUGAAGAACUCGUUCUUGGAGUAUAAGGAACUAGGAGUUUCGUCUCUGAACGUUCUCGUCUCUUCUGAUGGUUACGUUGAAUGGUAUCCGUUUCAGGUUUUCCAAUCUACGUGCUCCGUAGACAUCACAUAUUUUCCAUUUGAUACUCAAGAAUGCAAAUUAAAGUUUGUGGCUUGGAGUUAUUCAACGUAUGAGGUUUAUAUGGACAGUGGAGACAAAGGGAUAGAGUUGGAAGAGUAUGAAUCAAACUCAGAAUGGGACGUCAUUGACACAAGUUACUCGGUGAACUGGGAAUCCGCGGAGUCUUCUGUUGUAUUCAGCAUCAAAAUCAAAAGAAAACCACUUUAUGUCCUUCUCUCAGUGAUCAUGCCAAUAAUUAUGUUGGCAGUUUUGAACAUUUUUGUAUUUGUCCUACCUUGUGAUAGUGGCGAAAAAGCUAGUUAUUCUAUAACAGUCUUCUUAGCUUUUGCGGUAUUUCUGUCUAUAAUUUCUGCAACCUUUCCCGAAAACUCCGAAGUGGUCGCUUUAUUUUCUGUCUAUCUUAUUAUCCAGACUCUUCAGAGCACAGUAAUUACACUCAUUGCCCUAGCUCUUACCCGAUAUGCUUCCUUCGAUGGUCUAGGAACACCUGUACCUCAUCAACUAAAAGCUUUUCUUAAUGUCAUCACCUGCAAAACCUGCUGCGCGAAAUACAUUCGUAAAAAUCAGGUUACUGAUAUUGAAAUUAAUGCUGAAAAGGUUACAAAAAAGUCAAAUGGAAAGUUAGACAACAAACACUUUAUUCUGAAGACAAAUGAGCAGAAUAGUGAUCACCAAUCUAGAUUUAAUACCUGGAAAGAAGUUGUUAACAAGCUUGACGUUAUAUUCUUUGUUUUCUUCACUUGUGUUCUCAUUAUCUCCACUCUUCUCUUCUUUGUCAUAUCUGCCACAAAAUAAUUGAAGAUUUUUUAAUAUACUAUCUAAUGAUUCAAGUAUUUUAACAUAUUUUCUACUUUUUUAUAUCUGAAACAAAAUGAGUUAAGGUUUUAAUACAUUUGUUACUGUUUCAUAAAGUCAAAAUUGUUUAAUGUUUUUAAACUCAUGACAACAUUCUUUGUCCAGAAUCAAAAAUGAUAAUCAAGAUUCGUAUUUGAAGUUACUGACGAACUCCUGAAUUGUUGAAAGCGUAUGUUGAAAUAUAUCGUAGCCUUUAAAUAAAAGAACAAAAGAGCAAAUAUAAAUUGAAUAUAAAGUUUAAAAAUAGAUUAUCGUUUAUCAUUUUAGUGAUUAACCUGUACGUGCCCUGUCCUAUUUUUGUUUGGGGUCCGCCUGGGCUCUUGCCGCUAGUUCUUGUUGCUGCGUCGUGUGGGGGUUGAGUUCAUUGAACGCCGCCUUUCCUUGUUGAUCUUGUUUAUCAUAUUUUACAUUUGAAAGGUCCUUAUUCGGGAACUAUAUUAGUUUUUUCCCCGAUCUUCUACUAAUGAACAUCAGGUUUUUGUAUGUAUAUAGCAAAAAAGAAAACAAUUGGCGUGCCGUCACAAUAUGAUCGACGUCGCAGUAAAAUAAACCAAACGCGUGUUUCUUUUGACCCACUUGAAUACUUAUAACUUGAGUUUAAAUAGACGUAUCAACAUGAAAAAAGUGCAAAUUUAAGUUCAGCCAAAUAUCUAAAAACUGAUAAAACAAUGAAUUUAAUCAGAUUCGUGCUGCUAAAAAAACCCCAUAAAAUAAUACGAUAAAAACAUGAAAAAAAUCAAUCUUGACACCAUGUCUUUUGCAAUUUGCCGAAAGUUAGGAACCAUGUCCAAUAGCAUUUAUGGGGUACAUUCCACUUGUGUACCUGCUCGUGACGACAUGAAGCGGACCGUCUUCCUUACGAUUUGCCAUAAUGCCGGCAAAUAAACACAUCAGAAUAUCCGAUUCCUGUAUAGAUAUUGAAUUACUUAAUAUGGUGUAAUGAAGUAUUUUACGAUAACAUAUGCGCAAUAUUAAAAUUUAAAAUAUACAAUACAUGUAUAUAUUCCAUAGAUAUACGUUAACAUGCUUUUUCGUUUAAAGGAACACCCUUUUCUGCGUCUAAAAUACAAAAAAAAAAAAAAA